CAGAAUAAUGAAGAACUGCGGGGAAGAAGCGCAGAAAAUCAAGCUUCAAAUGACGGGAAUCGACUGCCUCAUGUUGCGGUCCACUUUCGGCAAAAACCAACCAGCAAGACCGUCCAGCUCCGUAAAUCGUAGCCGGGGAGAACUUCCACCUCUCCACACCCGAUUAUCCGGAUAUACUUAACCCACCUGCUGUCCCACCCCUCAUUGAACACCUAGAAAUACCCCCCAUCAUCCAAUGCCCCUCCAUCGCGUCUUCCCUCGUCUUAUCCGAUCCUCUAUCCCAUCCAUUUCUACUACUACCUCAACCCUGUCUCCCCCAGCGAUUCAACGACUCUCCGCAACCCACGCACACCUACACCUCCACCCCACCAUCGCAUCUCCCAUCCGCAACCUCAUCACCAUGUCCGUCCCCCAGACCAUGAAGGCCGUCUUAGUCGAGAAGCUCGGUGGCCCCGAGGUCCUCGAGUUCAAGCCCAACCACCCCGUCCCCACGCCCAAGGAAGGCCAAGUCCUCGUGAAGAACAACAUCUCCGGCAUCAACUACAUCGACACGUAUUUCCGCACAGGCCUCUACCCCUCCGCAAAGCCCGAGAUUCUCGGUCGCGAGGGUGCCGGUACCAUUGUCGCUCUAGGCGACGGCCCCAACCCCUACAACUUCCAGGUUGGAGAUCGGGUGGCCUGGCUCAGCACUGGCGGAUAUGCCGAGUACACGGCGGUGCCGAUGGCCAAGACCGUCAAGAUCCCCGAUGGAAUCACAGAUGAGAACCUGAUGGCAUCAUUUCUAAGUGGAUUGACGGUCAUCACGUUGGUGAAGGAGACGUAUCCCGUGCAGAAGGAUGAGUGGGUGUUGGUGCAUGCUGCGGCUGGCGGGGCGGGAACCCUGAUGACGCAGGUGCUGAAGUCCAUUGGUGCUAAGGUCAUCGGAACGGCUGGUGGCCCUGAGAAGUGCCAGCUGGCGAAGAGCCUGGGUGCUGAUGUGGUGAUCGAUUACCGCAGUGAGGAGGGCAAGGAUUGGGUGAAGCAGGUGAAGGAGAUUACGGGUGGAAAGGGAGUUGAUGUUGUCUUUGACUCGGUUGGUAAGGAUACUUGGGAGGGAAGCUUGGAGAGCGUUAAGCGCAAGGGUACUAUUGUUUGGUUUGGAAAUGCUAGUGGCCCAGUGCCGCCUUUGCCGUUGCAGAAACUCUCCCCCAAGUGUGUCAAGGUCGCUCGGCCUCAGCUCUUCGGCUACAUUGAAACCCGUGAGGAGUUCGAGUUCUACGUCAAUGAGUUGUUCUCGCUUCUCCUGUCUAACAACCUCAAGGCCAAGGUCCACAAGGUUUACCCCUUGGAGGAGGUUGCUCAGGCUCACACCGAUCUGGAGGGUAGAAAGACCACUGGCAAGUCGAUGCUGAAGCCCUGAGCUGGUAGCACAUGCUAUGAGUACUUGUUUCAAUAGAAUGUUUGUUUCGACUAUCUAGAAAUGAAGAUGACUAC